CAUUAAAUAUUUUUCUCCGUGCUUUGGAAAUGUUGCUGUUUUUAGGCUUGUCAGUGAGUAAGAAAAACCGAAACUCUUCAGAGGACAGACAAAAUACGCUUUAGAAAGAACUGUAAGACAGGGAUAAAUUCAGUUGAUAAUCUCAUGUUAAAAUGAGCUUAGACCACCUGCUGCGUUUGUCAGCCCCUGCUACCUUCCACCCCUCUACCAAUGCCCCACGUGUACUUGAUUGCAGGGUGGUGAGGUUUUAAUACGACUAGAAUCUGGAGAUGUUCAAAACAAAAUCCUGUGUCUAAAAAGGUGGUGCUUAGCAGAAGUCAUAGGUAUGGCUGGUUUAGAUUAAUUGGCAAGUAUCUAGGCUUUACUUUGCUGUUUUAACUAAGGCUUCAUAAAUACGCAAUGACCUGCACUUCAAACUAACACAAAAUUAUACAUGUAAGCAUACAGUUCUGCAAUGUGGUUGUUUGCAGUCUAGUUAAGACAGAAGUUUUAGCAAUAUUAGUUGAUAAUUCUCUAAAGGUCCUGACUGCAUUCUUGUAUUACACUCUAGUUGUUUGCACAGAUCAAUUAUUUAGAUGUAAUUUGAGCGGACAAGUUGUAUCUUGUCACAACCUGGUGCUCAGAAAGCAAGCGCUGGUUUGCAGAGGGAUUCCUGAGCAACUGAAAUAUGGUGAUGAAAUUUGGAACUUUAUCUGUCACCAGAGGUGAAGAUUAUGCAUACUCAGUUUUAUCUUCUGAUAAUGUGAGCAUGGAAUCCCUUUAAAAUACAAGGUAAGAGUAUUUAGCUAGCAAUUGCGAAAAUGUUGAAGUAUGUACUGUUGUUGCAGUUAUUUGCCACACACCUGAUAAAUCUGAAACUUGAGGAACCAAUGUGAAAAAUUCAUUUUUAAUGUAUGCAUGCAGUUGUGUACCCUAAUGCGUUUUGUUUUUCUCUGCCAGGAAUCAGGAUCACAUAACUAAUGACUGUAAGGAUAAAGUGGACUGCAUGGUGAGAUUUGGAGGUACCUGAGAUUAUUCCUGUCUUGGAAUUUUAGAAGUUCAAACUAUUCUAGUUUGUCUAUUCUAAUAUUUUAUAUGCACUCAGUCUUUCUCAGUUUCUUGUCGGCCCUUUCCCAUAGGGGAGCCCUUACUUGCCUGUAAUCCGUAAGGAAUCUAGUGACUUCUUUAAAGCCUUUUAUUAAGCUCUAGUUUUGAGUUCCAUGUUCUUUAUGUUUUGGGUUUUUUUUCAUGUACACAAACAAUCCGCCUGCUGUUUAUAGGACUUGCUAUCUGAGUGCUACUCUCUUGUGGACAAAGGUUCAUGUUUCUAGAAUUCAAAACCUUGUAUAGUAUAUCUAGGAUAAGCAUCUAUAGUAAAAAAUGAUACAUCUAUAUUAAAUAAAAUAGAGGGUCUUAUUUCUGACCCAUAGCAUGGCUCAGCUCACCACUCUGAAGCUCUCCUCUCCUACUACAACCAGGCAUCCAGGCUAUUUUUUGGGAGCAGGCUGUGGCACAUGUGAUUCCCACGACAAUGUAAAGCGGCAUUUGAGAGAGGUUAAUUUGCAUUGGUGAAAAUCCAGCCAAGGAGUGUGCUAGGUGCCAAAUGCAGUGGUAUAAUUGCUGUCUUCUCUCCCUGUUCUAUUCACUUGCAGAAUGCGGCCACGUAAAUGAAUCUGGCAACACUUAAGGAUGCCAUACGUAAAAGUUGAAUUCUCAAGAUGGUAUAUGAAAUUUGUGUGCUAACUGCUUUUAUUAAAUGAGCAUUUAAUUUGUAUUAAAGUAACAAGGAUAUCAAUGCUUCAUCAUCACUGUUCUGGUAAUUUGGGUGUUUUCAGUUUAAAUGUAUAUAGCAGAUUUGUAACUUUACCUUGUUUGUGAACAUCGUAAGAGUUUGCGUUUUCAGUUUCUUACUGAAUAAUAAUUGACUUAUUGAAUAGGUAAAGUCUGCUACUGUUUGUGAAAGAGAAUUGGGGGGAAAAAAAAUCUGAUUAAAUAGUGCUGAGGGAAUGACUGAGUCAUGAGGCGUAAAGCCACUUAAAUGGCAUUGAUACUACAGUGGGAAGAGAUUUGCAUAUUUCCUGCAUCCAGGUACUGACUGUGAAGGUAGUUGAAGUUCAGCUGAUUUGGUUUACGUGCUCUGUCAGCUUUGCUCCCUUUUGGAAAGAAUGGCUUUAAGGUAUAAAUACUUUUCCAUAGCAGUUGUUUUCCAAAAUGCUUAGAAAAUAGGAGAAGUAGAAAAAUAGUUACUGUUUUACCUCACUUCUGUCUCUCCUUCCACUCCUAAACAGUCUUACAGAAAUUUAAGAAAGAAAUGAAAAGCAGCAGCUCUGGGUAAAAAACAUGCCAUGGUGCUGAUGUUCAGUCCUCCCAAAUGCUGCAGGCUGAUAGGAUUCCAAAUGUACUUCUGUUCCAAUCAAAUCUCCUUUGCAUUUAGAUGUAAAUUGGCUGUAGAACUGCUUUGUCUGGGAAGACUGGCUAGGUUUUUUUAAUUAACAUAAACAAAACGUCUUUGACUACUGUAGGAUGUCUUUACUUGGGCCUUGCAUAAGAUUUAGUCAAAUCUCUUCGAACUGGAAGACCUGAAAUUUAGAUCCUAGAUCAAUAAGAUCGAAUUAGUAAAAUUCUGAUUAGUAAGCCCGGAAAGUUAAACCCACUAAUUCCUAGUGUGAUUGCUUUUUCCUCUACGUGCUUGUGUUAGAUGAGGGCAAGCCUGCGAUGCCAGUGUGCUAUUCAGCCUCCUCCAUUGCUGUCCCGUUGUUGCAUAGCUGGAUGGUGAAGCCUUCUGGGGGUUUGGAUUCCAGAGUUAACAUGCUUCUGUAGAACAAAAUAGGCAUCAAAAAUGGCUGGUAUGUGAAUAUUACAUCCUUUGCUUUCACAGAGCGCACGUCUGCUGGAAGCUUUUAUUUCCGUGGGAGCAAAUGGCCAGGGGUAACACAAAGUCUCUGUUUUGGAGUCAGGAGCUUGCUUUUCUUCAAUGGCAAUGCAGGGAGUCUGAUAUUAAGAGUUGAAAUGGAGACUGCAAAUGCUUCUCAUCUGUAGCUUUUGCUAGCUCCUGAGGGCAGUAUCAAGAUGACUGAUGAUUUGUGAUUCCGCACUCCCCCUGAGAAAUGUAUUAACAACAUUCUUUUUUUAUGCAGCAAUAAAAGUCACGGGUCUACCGUUGCCGUGAGACCAAGGGGAGAGAAUCUGUUUGUACUGCGCCUUUUAAGGAGCAAGCCUAUGUGGGCUAUGUUUCAUUUUACCUACGGGUCUCACCCGUAAAGGUUUUCAGAUGUUACCUCUGUAUUGCUUUAAUACUCCUCUUUACAAUAACAAGGAUCAUCUCUUCUAGUUCUGGCAUUCAAAGGCCUGUGCUUUCAUACCGUGUCGAGAGGUAUGUACCUGGCUGGAGGCACUCUAUUUUAAGGCUAUGAAAAUAAAUCUUUUUGUAACACUAUUCAGUAGGCUGUCUUUCUGCCUAUGAAUAAUUUAGUUGUGAACUGCAAAAAACAGGUUUGUAGGGUGUGGGAAAAAAGAUGGGGGCGUGGAGCACAUGCUGGGAAUUUCCCAGCAACUGACCUAUGAAUUUGCUCUGGUCACCAGCAGUUUAGAAUCAGUUCUCCAAGAGUUUGCCGCUAUCAGAAUUUUGCUGGGACAGUAGGGCUGCAAUAUGGUAGCUGUAGGUUUUUAUUCGUGUUUUUCUACUAUUUUGUUCUUGCUGCUGGCCGUCACCAUUAGCCAUUGCUUGGAACUGAAAUGCAAAGAACAUCAAUAUCGUUUUGGAGAAAAGUGCUGCAAGGACUGUGCCCCUGGUGAAAGAAUGAGAAGCCGCUGCACAGCAACAACGGAUACGGUCUGUGCUCCCUGUCAAGACGAAUACUUUAGUAGUGAGCACAGCCACAACUUCUGCAAGAGCUGUACAAUCUGCAACACUAGGAAGGGAAGUGUGGAAGUGAAGAAGUGUGAGAAGACCUCUGACAGAAUUUGCAAGUGUGCUGCAGGUUACAUGCCGGAUGUCAGAUACAAACUGGGAAGUGUAUGCUUACCAUGCCCUGAAGGGUCUUAUUCCAUAGGGGAAAAUGAAAACUGUCAUCCUUGGACCAACUGCAGCGUUCUUGGGAAAGCUACACUUUUACAAGGGACAAAAACAAACGAUGCUGUUUGCAGCAACCAUGCCACACAGCCACCUUCCUCUCAGAGUGCAACACCUGCUUUGAAUCUUUCCACCACUGACCACAAGAAUAAUAUGUCGACUGCAGUGUUCUCACCGUCCAGACCCAGUGUGAUUCCUUUCACUUGCUCGGAUGUAAACAGCCCCACAGAGACUAACUGGGGGUCUUUAUCACUUAUCCUUAUUUGUCUGGUACUGCUCAUGGUGAGUGGGAUGUCCAUCUUCCUGUUGAUUAUCCAAGCAGCCAAAAAAGAGACAAAGAGGAGGCCUUGUAGAAACAACCAUAAGGAAAGAAGCUUUCGAAUUCCUAUCCAGGAAGAACAAAUUGACUCCAAUUCUAGUCUCAUCAAAAACUGACUCCACACUAUGUUACUGUUUCCUGCAUUUCUGAGCCGAUCAACCAUAACAAGUAAUGUGACAGAGCAUUCUGUGGCUAUAUGUGUGGAUGUGUGUAACUGUUUAAUGGCACUUCGGUUCCUUUGGGUCUCGUUGGGUGGCCCCUUUGGCAUUAGGACCCAUGAGAGUAGCUGUUCUUGGUGGAAUCAUGUGAUUCUUUCUCUUAGGCAGAUCCUGUGCACAGCAUCCCUGUUGCCAGGACUGAGUUGAUACAGUCCUCUGUGUGUUUCUAGCCAAUUCUGUAUGUAGUGAUGGGCAGUUGUCUUUGGACUGAAGAAAGGUGGACAUCCUGUUGUGCUGAAUACCUUGGUGUGUCUGUCAUCAGCAAGGCUGCUUCAGUCAAGCUUGGACAUCUCCACAGUAAAACUGUUUAGGUUAAACCACUGUUGUGGGACUUGAUUGUGGGACUUGAAUCCACAAGCAAGUUUGGUUCCAGACAGCGCUCUGGAUUUGGGGAAAGUCUGUUUAUGUCAUGGGUUUAGAAGCAUGUACGUGGACAUUUAGAGUUUUUCUGCUGAUGAAUGGUAAAUUUGUGAUUGUUUAGAAAAGAGUAACUCCCUAGAUGCUCUCUGUUGGUAAGAGGCAAGAGCUGAACUCUGUAACACAGUGCUGACUCUGGGCCUUCAAGGGUUACAAAGAUCGCGUAACAGUGGAUAGCUGCCUAAACUAUGCUCUGACUACUUACCUGGAUGCUCACCUUGUGCAUGCUGUCAAUGGAGCCUGCAUUCAGAACUGAAGACGUGUUCUUGAUUUGGUCUCUGUGCAGUUAAAAUACCUGGUUGUUUGCCUGUACAAAAGGAAUUUUACUUCUGUAUUGUUUUGCCACAAGUUAAUCGGUCUGUAGUUUUGGAAAGCAUUCAAAUUUUAGGUAACAAGUUCAAAAUCUGAAGCCUCUGAGGGAAACCUGAAGUGUUAUUGUCGAUACCUUUUGGUGUAAUUUAAAUACCUCGGUGUAAGAUUUCAAGAAGUAAACUUGAAAGUUAUAUAAUACAGAAGUGUUUUGCACUUCAAAUAUAACUCCUCAGUUAAUAACUCAUUAGGGAUCGGUAUUUUAUAUACACAGUACCAAAGCAUAUGCCAAAAUAUGCAACAGGAAACGUAUUCAAGAAUACAACUGGUGUCUAGAAACAUGUUUUUAAACAUAUGUCUUCUUAUAUGUUAUACAUAUGGUGUACUUAGCAGUGAUUUCCUAUUUUGAAGUGCAUAUACAAUGUAUAUAAAUGUUUGUAUUAUAUACGAAUUGUGAUAGUGACUUUUUGAAAUAAAUUGUGGUAGCAGCUAGAUGUGCAUGUAUGAUGUGUAUGAUUGGAGAGUACAAAUGAGCAAAAAGUGACUCCAAUGUGUAUAGUUCUUAGAAAGCAGGAUCACCAAAUGGUCCAUCCUGUGGUUUAGCAGGCUUUGAGUUCACAUGCUGCCUUGCCCCUGUCUUUCUGUGUAAUUUGAGAAAGCUGUGUGUAGUGUUUUUUAUCUGUGAACCUGUCCUGGCAGCCGUUCUGGCCUGAGAGUUGCUGUGAUACUCGGGAUGAUAAGGCUCAGCCCCUUUAAAAGCAUAGAGCCCCGGUUUUGAAUGUGGAGGUCUUUAAAAGCGUGCUGUGGCCUAAACGCUGUGGUCUUGCAGUGAAUUGGAUGGCAAAGUGCAAUGGAUGAAUCUGAGAAAUGCAUUCCAAAUUCUCGCAAAAGAUGCUUAUCAAGUUUGUAGUCUGCACUUCAGAGGCAAUAAAGCGAGUACCAUGUUUCCAUGUAACUGAGCAAGGUGCAGAUAACUAAUGAGCUAUCUGAGGUUGUGGGUUAUAUGGUGGAAACACAGCCCACAGGAACAGAAGUGCUGCUGUGGCAGCAGAGCUCCUCUGUGGUGCGGACUCAUCAGCUGUUUCCACGAAUUUUACUUGUUUACUGCCCUCUGGCUCAGCUGCAUGGGAAGAUACCCGAGUGCGCUAUCUUCUCGUGCCUCCCUACGGCCUCCCGAUCAGAUUUCCUGCAAACGAGGGCAUGGGUUCCCUCUGGCUGAAGCAGGAAUUGAUACUGGCCCUGGAAGCGCGCAGCAGGAGUAGGGUAGCCGAGGACAAGUUGCAUUUGCUCAUCAACCUUUGGAGAACUGCAGACGGACAAUUCGGCGUGCUGUGUGGCUGAAGGCCUGUCAUAGCAAGCCCUCGCAGGCUGUAAUUGCUGGCUUUUGUGCUAAUGCAUACCUGUGUGAGCCACUCUGUGCUGCCUGUACUGCUGUAUCGGGGCGUAUAAUCUGAUUAGAAGAGUUAAACCAUAAUAACACUUGAUAGGAUUGGAGGCAUUUAUGAUUUGAUUUUUUUGAGGAUUUUGGGUAUUGGUGGACUGCCGGUU